CAUCGAGCUAACAACCAACAGCAAUAAUUCCUCACCUGAGAAUAGCAAGUCUGAAGCAAACUACCGACAACUGACGACCAACACGGCCCACAGCUGCAUAGUAGAGGCUAAAGGUCACCAACAGUUACUAUCCCAUCGCCAACUCUUGGCGAUCGCCCAUUCCUCUGCCUAUAGAUCCCAUUCUCCUACCUCCAUAUUGGCUGCAGCACUCUUCCGCUGCGCCGACUCCUUUGCCAUGUCCGUUGCCAGUGACCAGGCACAAUUUAUCCGGCGCGUGGGUUUUCUCGAGUUGGUCCCUAGGAUUAGAGAGCUGGUCUAUCUCUAUGCUGGGGUCAUAUCCAAUGCAACCGUCCCUUUCGAUAAAGAAAACUCAAUCGAAAAGCGUGGACGAACAAAGAGGGUUAAUGAGCUCCGAGGACCUCAUCUAGAUUGGACCACUACACUGGCCUUACUACAGACAUGUCGACUGGUUUAUAGUGAAGUGUCCUCGCUGAUCUACUCAACAAAUCGCUUUGUUACUCAUACCCUGCUCCCUCUUCGCAAUCUCACGUCAUCAACACUUCACUCACUUUCAGUACUCAAGGUACACGUCCAUGCGGGCACCUGCGAACCGGAUCGCGACUAUUGCGAUCUUCUCUACUCGGGUUAUCACACCGGCGAACAGCUGGAUAGCUCUAUCCCUGCUGACGCACGAAUCCUGGAUGAAUGGGAAGCCACCGCAUCCCAUAUUGGCGGCGGUAUCCAGGCGGGAAAGCUCGAGCUAUUGUUGAUUUGCGAUGUCAAAACCAUUGAGACAGCUAACCUCGUGGUGGAGCCGCUACGACGAUGGCCACAGUUGUCUCGUUGUAGCAUUAGGCUUUGCAACAGGCCUGAUAGUGUCCUUAGUAACCUGGCAAGCACCGUUUCAAGGACAUUAAUGGGUUCGCUGGAUAAUAAUAUGCCAUUCAUGUUUCCCCGUUACCAAGAGCUGCCUUUAGAGCUACGACUGAAAGUAUUGCAAUAUACAGAUCUCGUAACCCCGUGGACUGAGGUGUCGUGGGAUCCUUCCUUGAAGUAUCACGUCGGAUCGCGUGCGUGUUGCACUGCUGGCACAAAAAGUUACCCGUUUUACGAAUUCAUAGAUCCCGAAUCUACUGCUGCCGAUUGUGUUUCCAACUGGACCGUUUCCAACAAAGACUACCGCAUGUUUGCUCACGCCUGGGACCCAAGGCACAGUAUAUGCCAGUUCCAACCCUGCAAGAGGAUGACAAUCUGGUAUUCAGGGACUGGCUGCUUCUGUAAAAAGUACCACGCAGCAUAUACUCCAAGUUGCAGUUGCUGGCAACCGCCGACACGCCUGUUUCUCGUAAGCAAAGCGUUCCGCGAGGAGGCAGCCUUUACCUUCUUUUCUUCAAAUCAUUUCAAUGUCAGGAUGGGCAGUGGUAAGGAUGCCGGACUUCACAUUAGCAGAAUGAGCUCUUUCCUCACAAUUUUAUCGUCCGCCAACGUGUUUCAAUACAUUAAAUCUUUGAAGAUCAAGUUUUCAGUUUUCAUAAACUAUUUGCGCCCGAAAUCCCCCCUUUACUCCUAUUCUGAGGCGCAGGCGGAAUGGAAGCGUACAAUCGCCUCAAUCAGUUCCAAUAGUAAUUUACGGUACCUGGAGAUCGAGACAGAUACAAUCGACUGUUCCACUGAGCUGUCAGGAUGGCCGAACAUACAUACGGAGAAAUUCUUUGAAAUAGCCCGAAAUAGCAUCGACCCAAAAUUCUGGGUUUUGCAUGGGGAUGGCCGCCCGCGAGGCACACGUCAGCUAAUGGUGCGUAUGUCUUGGUUUCUAAGUCCAUACCAGUGGGCAAAUGUCUACUAUAAUAUCCGGCAGGAGCACGAACCCUUACCUCUGGAGGAAGAAUACUGGGGAAAUAAGGAGCAUUAUGGGCAAACUUAUCGUGUCUCAUCCUGCCGCUCGCUUGUGAUAGAGGAAGCUAGCAGUCUCGCAAAAUGGGUCGAGCAAAUAUGGGUUUUGGGUGAUGAAGAGUUAGUCAACGAUCCUUAUGAUGGUUUUUAUUGAGUCUUCAGUUGUCAGAAGUGAGUGGUCAAUAUCUUCAGGGCGACAUUGGAUUAUAUCUAGUCACGGGAGUUGACACUUCAUGCUGUUCAUAGGUGGGUUUAUUCCAAAGAAAGGUCUAUUUAUAGAAUAUAAGGCAAUAAGCAACGAAGCAGAGAUUAAAACAGAAACAGAUAUGCACACUCUAAGCCUAGAGUAUGAACCUUUUGUGAUCGUCGAAUAUUCCGAGGCUUUGCUAAGAACUGCGAGGAACUGCAAAGUUACGCAGUUAGUAUAUGUUACAGAACCAAAUACUCAUAAAAUCUUUCUUGAC